UGUGGAUGCAUCAAAACUCUUGGGCUGUGGAUCUACACAGACAACAAUUUGGGACUUAUUUCAUGUGUCUGUAGAAAACUAAACCAGCUUGUGUCUCCAACAGACCCCUGUCUCUGGGAAUUAUGUUUUGGAAAAAGCCGAGUUUGCUGUGGCUGAUGAUCACGUCUUGCGCCGUGUGCCAGAUAACCUGCUCAAAAAUAAUGAUAAUUGCUGAGAGUUUGGCAGACACCAGUUUCUGGAGCUCCAGCAGCUCAAACUGUUCAGCUAUAAACGUUACAUGUCCACCAGCGAAUGAAACACUGAUAGGAGAUUUUUGCAUAGUAAAUGUCAAACAAAACACCUCUUCCUCAGGACAGUGCAAUUCAUACAGUUUCAGCAUAACAAACGAUGGGGGGAAAUAUGAAGUAAGAAUGAAUGAGACGGUUAAAAACAUACAAAUGUGGUUUCUCCCAAACACAUCUCAAUGCCUUCCCUCCAACGCCCUGAGUUCAGAAGGAUGCAGAUCAUAUAAUGCUGGGCUUUGCCAGAGCACCGUUACCCCCAUCACUAACAUCCCCAGCAGCUGCCCCUCCGUCACCUCCACCUGCACAGGCACUCAUCCAGAUACAUGUUGUUUGAGCAUCACUCCUGUUGAUCCUGAAAAUAAAUGUAAAAAUACUGUAUAUGGAAAUAGCACGUGCCGCGAGAACAAAGAAAACGGAUACAUUCUGCAUUUAAAUGGCAGUGAAUGGAUGUGUGUGAACUGCACUGAUGAAACAUCGACAACUACCAGUUCAACAACUAGCAAUCCAACUACCAGUUCAACAUCACCUACGACAACUAGCAAUCCAACUAAUAUUUCAACAUCACCUACGACAACUAGCAAUCCAACUGAUAUUUCAACAUCACGUACGACAACUAGCAAUCCAACUAAUAUUUCAACAUCACCUACGACAACUAGCAAUCCAACUAAUAUUUCAACAUCACCUACGACAACUAGCAAUCCAACUAAUAUUUCAACAUCACCUACGACAACUAGCAAUCCAACUACCAGUUCAACAUCACCUACGACAACUAGCAAUCCAACUAAUAUUUCAACAUCACGUACGACAACUAGCAAUCCAACUAAUAUUUCAACAUCACCUACGACAACUAGCAAUCCAACUAAUAUUUCAACAUCACGUACGACAACUAAUAAUCCAACUACCAAUUUCGUUCCAGAUGACAAAACUCCAGAGGCAACUGUCCCACCGCCUGAGAUGACUAUCGAUCUAUCAGAUGGGCAGAAUAACACAGGAAAACCACAGACAAACACAGAUAAUAUUGAGCCUGAAACGGCAACAGAAAACCUGGAAAAAGUAGAGUCGCUGUUUGAGCUGAUGGAAAAAAGCAAAAAAACCAAUGCGGCGAUCGUCAUCGGGGAUGUUAUUGGUGUUCUCCAAAGACAGCCCAAGGACAAGCCAACCACAGACAUCAACAUAUGCUACUCUUCAAGCCAGAACAUGAUAAACGUUGUCGAGGGAAACCAGAUAGGUUAUCCCUGGUCUGUAAAGAUUCCCGGUGAAGCCUUUGAUAAAUCACGAUUGGAAAACAACGGAAGUGCAUUUGUUGGGGUUUUACGAUUCAUAAACAUGGGAAAUAAGAAUAAAACAGAAACCCACACUGUUUUGAAUAAUGAGAGUUAUGGAAUAACGAUGGGUGCCAACAUCUCCAACCUUAUGGACAAUAUUAAGAUGACCAUUAAAACUAAAAACCAGGUUUUAACAGGAAAUGUGUCCUGCGUUUCUUGGGACGGCAAAGGAGAACUUAUUUGGACGACGUUCGGCUGUGUGACAGAAAUCAUCAACAACACUAUAAAGUGCUCCUGCUCACAUCUGACGUUCUUUGCCGUGCUGAUGUCUCUGCCAUCUAAAGAUGAAACAGCACAGUAUCUGGAAUCACUGACCAUGAUAUCUUCUAUCGGCUGCGGCAUCUCCAUAUUUUUUAUAUCCAUCGCUUUAUUCAUGCAUUUCCUGCUACGGAAAGCCAAAUCAAACCAGGCCACGAAGAUCUUGAUGAACAUGUUUGUGUCUUUGUUUCUACUGAAUGCCUCGUUUUUGUCAAACGAGAGCGUCGCUAACACACAAGACAACGCUGCGUGCGUCUUCAUAGCGCUGCUCCUGCAUUACUCCAUGCUGGCCUCAUUCACCUGGUUCUUCAUUCAAGCUCUUCAUAUGUACUUAUGGCUCAUCAGACAGAACGUCACCAUCACAAACUACAUGAGGAAGAUCACCGUGUUGGGCUGGGCGUGUCCGGCUCCGAUAGUCGUAGCUAUUGCUUCCGCAGGAGGAUAUGAAGCCUUGACCCUAAACAGUACGUCUGGAAAAGUUGCACGAAUGUGCUGGAUUACAAAUCCUUACAUUCACUACAUAGUGAACAUCGGCUACUACGCUUUAGUUUUCAUCUUCACGACAGGAAUCUUCAUCAUGAUCGUCACUAAAGUCGUUCAGGCCAGAAACAUAAAAGUGAUUGACGGCAAGAGAAAGACGUUCAGAAAGCAGCUGAUGAUGGUGUUGAGUUUGUUCCUGCUCUUCGGUCUGACGUGGUCUGUGGCGUUCUUCAGUUAUGGACCGAUGCUCAUUCCCUCAUAUUACAUAUUCACUGUGUUCAACUCCUUUCAGGGGUUUUUCCUCUUCCUGUAUUACUACCACAUUCACAAAGACAUCACGGGCGAUUUCUCAGAUGAUCCAGGAAACACUGACUCCACUACAACCAUUGCUCAAUCCAGAGUUACUGCAUUGGAAAAUAUUUAUAACUAGCCAAAAAAUUUAGCAGAAAUCUUUCUUGAACUGUUCUGUCAUUGUUUAGGCAAAGCAAGGAAAUAAUUUUUAAAAAAUCAUCAAAACAAUAAAAUAAAGGAUUUAAAAACCUUUAAAAUGGUAUUUUAAAAUGAAAAUAAAACAAAAUACAAAUAGAAAAUGAUUAUACAUAGAACAGAGUAUAGUCAGUGUACAUUCAAUAACUAAACAGAUGGGUUUUGAGUCUGGAUUUAAAUGUGACUAAUGUUUUAGCACAUCUGAUUUCUUCUGUGAAGCCUUGGUAUUUCUAACUGAUUCGAUCCUAAUGAUCUGCGUGCUCUGUUAGGUUUAUAUUCAGUCAUAGUCAGGCCCUAUGGCAUUAAGUGAUUUAUAAACAAGUAAAAGAACUUUAAAAUCAAUGAUAAAAGUACCUGGAAGCCAGUGUAAGGCCCUGCUGACUGGUGUGAUAUGCUUAGAUCUUCUGAUUUUACUCAGAAUCCUGGUCUGUCACUUGAUUUUUAGUUGUUUGACACUUAGAGUCAAGGUACGCAUUCGCCUUCAGAAAUUAAAGUUUUGGCACAUCCGAUUUUUCAAUUCAUCAGUGCAUCGGCAGAGGGAAUCAAUGUAGUCAUUUGAUAAGGCUAAGAAAAUUGGGAAUCGUCAGCUGUGGUAGACAGUUUGUUUUUUUUUCAUUAUUUGACUCAGUGGGAGCAUAUACUGUAGUACAGGCUAAACAAUAGCGGUGCAAGAAUUGAGCCUUGUGGGACUCCGCAUGUCAUGGACGUCCACCUAGACUUAUGCUCUCCUGUACUCACAUAAUAACCUCUAUCUGGUCUGUAGUUAAUCAAUAUGACAUUAAGGAGAAACAAUGCAUUCUUACCAAAUUGAAGCUUUAAACCAAAACAAAGACAAAAGUCACCUAUGCACAAGAAAGAACGGUUUAAAAAUAUGUCUGCACAUAAUAACCCUAAAAAGAAUACAUAGUGCAAAAACUCAAACUGAAACUUUAUUAUUUUAGAAGGAUUGAUUAACCUCAGUUUACUGGGAAGUAUAAUCAUGAUUCUGAAUGUGAUUACAUGCGUGCUGGAGUGACUCCAAGAACACUGAGCCUUUUCUACUAAACAGAUUUGCAUCUUCAACAUGAAAGCAAUAUCCACACGCCCUUAAAUGCUUGGUUAUUGUUAGAUAUAGCAGCGUUAUAAAAUCGACACAUAUGGAUAUUGUGUACGUUUGGUGUAUAAAAACAACAUACAAAAAAUACUGUCCGAAUUUUAGUUAUUUUUUGCAUUAUGUAAUGUGGUUUACUACUACAGAUGCUGUUAUCUCUUAAUGAAGCUAUAAAACGGCAUUUUCUUUACAAAUGUACUUUCAGAGACAGGAAAUUAUUUCUUGACUUCAGUCAAACUUGUAAAUUUGUGAAUGUAUUUCAAAUAUGUGAAAGAUUGUACUAUUGUUUCUAUGAAAAAAGUUCAAACUUGUUCAGACUUUUCUAUUUGGGAAUAUAAAUGUAAAUAUUGCAAAUUAUUUAAAUAUAGUCUAAUUGCCUCUAAUAAAGGUUA